AUGGAUUCCUAUUCGUCUCUGACCGCUAUGGCUAAUCAUUACCGUAUACCGAGUGUAUUGCCUAAACCACCUAUGAAGCAACCACAACCUCAGCAUGACAUGACUGCGCCCGCAGUCCAAUCUCAAUCUCAGCCGCAGCCAUUGUCGCAGUUGGCGGCCAAUUAUUUAUCUAUGCUUGCCUCCAAACCUGAAGAUGAGGUGAAAAGAAUAUUGCAAUACGGUCAGGCUUCCACGCUCGCAACUGAUCCUUCACCUGCACCGGAACCAAUAAUCAGUCAACGGGAUACCCAUCCAUCGUCCAUCCCAGCGCAAUCACCGUAUCUUACCAGUCCGUAUGAAGGAGGGCUAGGCGAUGACUUCGGUACAUCGCCGAUGCUCUCCGACGUUAACGAGGAAUUUAUAUCAUCACCUUUCUCCGCUUUCCUCGACACCACACCCCUCCUGACAUUUGACGAUGGGCCAGUGGAGGACUCGCCAUUUAGCGCGGAUCUCAACACACCUAUCAUGGAUUCAUAUGAUGAUGAUGAUGUCGCUUUCGAUAUGUACAACGGGACAUUUGGCGGCCUUUUCCAGGAUGCGGCAGCUGCGAUGUAUGAGCAGACGGGCAUGACUGACUCUCAGAAGGAGGGGACGAAAAAGAGCCAGGCAUCAACGGCUCCAUUUACGGCACCUGUCUCUACUUCUUCUACCGCUACCGCUGCACAUACUCCCACCGAAUCCAUAGCCACUCCAACCCGACGCAGCAACACCGUCCACACCGGUACUCGAAGGAACAUCACCCCCACUGCCCUCAUUCCACAAGAUGCACCGACGCAAUCAAGGAGGUAUCUUACUCCAUCUGCUACGAGCCGGAGGGAUGAUGGCGCUGCGAAACGGCGAAGGUUGAACGACUCCGCUGCCUCGAACAUUCUCCUCGGGUUCGGAGAAGAUGAGCUCGCUGACGAGGACGAACCGAAGUCGUCUACCCACCCUGAUACAGACCAACUCGAGAAGAAACGACGGCAGAACACUCUCGCGGCGCGAAAGUCACGUAAGCGGAAGUUGGAGUAUAUUUUGACUUUGGAGAAUGAGAACUCCGAGUUGAAGCGGGAGGUGGAGGAAUGGAAAUCUAGGUUUGAAGUACUAGAAGGGGUGGCCAAGGCAUAUGGCCUUGCAUUAGGACCCUUUGCUAGCGUGAAGACGUAA